CACUGCGGUUGGAAUUCUAUGCUGGAGAGCUUGAGUUUCGGAGUCCCAGUUGCUGCUUGGCCUCUAUAUGCUGAUCAUGGUCCCAUUGCGUUUCAAAUGGUGAGAGAACUGGGAUUAGGAGCUGAGAUCAAGCUCGAUUACAGGUUGAAAUUUGAUUAUAACAUCCACGACGAGGAUGUCAUUGUGACUGCAAAAGAGAUCGAGGAAGCAAUAAAGAAGGUAAUGGAAGCUGAGAGUGAGAUGAGGAAGAGGGUCAAAGAUAUGAGUGAAAAGUGCAAAAAGACCUUAUUGCUUGGUGGCUCAUCUUACUUUUCCAUACGCCGUCUGAUCAAUGAUGUAAUAAACAAUAUCCCUUAGAUUAUGAUAAUCAUGAUCUAUAUAUAUUUUCUAUGCUUUGCUGC